UCUAGUCGUUUUGUGUCGAGAGAUCACGACCGAACGACUAAGCAGUCCGUUCGACUCGGCAUUAACACACCAACAUAAAUAGUUCCCCAAUUGCGAUCCAACCGUAACUUUUUCUCUCCAUCAUCUUACUGGCUCGGUCAAUCUGGUAAGCCUUUGAUACUCUCCGCCUCGGUCUGGUAUCUACCAAAAAUAGCUGACAUUGACGCAAAGGGCAAAGGGAAGCAAAGAUGGUCAACAAAGUCUGCAAGCGCUGCUUCUUGGGCAAGAUCCAGUGCGACAAGAAUGCCCCUUGUUCAGCCUGCAUCAAGGCAAAGGCCGACUGUACCUACGAACAAGUCAACGUCAACAACCGCAUGCAAGGCAAUCGCUCCCACAGUCCUCCGCCUCCCAGUCCAUCCUCUGAGUACCUUACCUGCUCCUCUCAUGCCUGGUCCCUUCGGCAAACCUUUCCUGCCCUACAAUCCCCGCGACAUGUCCUUUCCCCCCAUCACCUGGACACCAAUCAACGCUCCUCUGGUCCCUCUUACACACUCCAGGCCUGCUCCCGUCCUCCUCAACGAUAUCCCUGCCACAGGACAGACCUACGGCAGAAUCAGCACAUCCGUCCCUCCUGGCGUCGAGUUUCCUGACUUCAUCGACUUUAUGAUGGACUUCCCUGAGGGUAGAUUCAUGACCGGUCGUCCUGUGCUCACGGAAGAGGAGAGAGCUGAGAUGAAGCGUCGCAAGAUGCAGAGGGCUAAUGAGAGCUCUAAGCUCUGAACUCGUACAUCAAGGGCAUUGGUGGAGAUACAAUGAAAAGACUCCAGGCAAACGACAAUGAGGGUCAUGUCCAAUUGUCAACUUUCUCCUUCUUCAGCAAAUGUUCUUUGUGGUUCUUCAUUCGUGACCGUCUUCCAUGAUUUGUGUGACGUGUACAUGCGGGGUGAUAAGUCCGAGACAAUGGC